CAUCCCAGUUGCGUGUACGUACUUACGAGCUCACAGUCACUAAAUUUUGGAUUAUCAAAAUCUGGCCACUGGUGAAAAAGAGCCGUUAAAAAAAAAGAGAAGAAAUUGUAAUAUUGAGUUUGCUUGAGGAAAAAUUCAACUAACGGUCCUAAACCUGCUCUCCGUCCACCAUUGUACAUCCCAAACGGUCGUCUCCAAUUCCUCCACGUACUCACCUUUCUUCUCACCUGACACCUGCUGGUUAAUUUAUAAUAAUUCAGGCCAAAAUAAUUCUUUAGAAAUAAAAUAAAAAAAUAAUUUGAAAAAAAAAAAAAAGAAGAAGAAGAAAAGAUUAGAAGGGAUAAUGCAAUACGUUUUUGUUCGUUUUUUCCCUUAUUUAUCGAAUCCAAAAUCUGUUACUUUCCCAUCAUUCUAUAAAUAAUAAUAUUAUUAUUAAAUAAGGAAAAAAAAGAGUGAUAGGAAUUUUCAGAUGGGGGAAAUAUUAAAUGGAUAUUGAUUUCGAUAUUUGCAACGAGCUCUGAGUUUUGAAUGGCAAAACAGUUGCUUUUUGGUGAUCGAUUGCGUUAAGAUUUAGUUCCAUUGAAAUUUUUUGAAAGAUGUCGUUCAAAAAAGGGGAAAGCACAACAGAUAAAGCAUUGUCACAUGAAGAGCAGCUGGCCAAGAUUUAUGAAGUGAGGAAGAUGAUGGGUCCUAUUGUGGAUAGGCUACCAGCCAUUUGUUCAGAAGCUUCAAUCUCAAGGUACCUAAGAGCGCGGAACUGGAAUACGAAGAAGGCGGGAAAGAUGCUGAAAGAAACCAUAAAAUGGAGGUUGGAGUUCAAGCCCGAGAAAAUCCGAUGGGAAAACAUUACUCAAGAAGCGAAGACAGGAAAAAUUUACAGAGCCAAUUACCAUGACAAGUGCGGAAGGACAGUUCUCAUCCUGAGGCCUGGUUUUCAGAACACGAAUGCGGUAAACGAGCAGAUGAUGUAUUUGGUAUACUGCCUGGAGAAUGCCAUACUGAAUACGAAUCCAGAUCAGGAACAAAUGGUGUGGCUAAUCGACUUUCAACGGUGGAACACGUCGAGCAUAUCGUUGAAGGCGACUAGGGAAACAGCUAAGAUCCUGCAAAAUCAUUACCCUGAGAGAUUGGGAAUUGGCAUCCUCUAUAAUCCACCAAAAAUAUUUGAGUCCUUUUGGACGUUGGUAAAACCAUUUCUUGAGCCGAAAACACACAAGAAGAUGAAGUUUGUGUACUCGGACAACCCGCAGAGCCAGAAGAUAAUGGAAGAUCUUUUCAACAUGGACAAGUUGGAAUCCACAUUUGGCGGGAGAAGUUCAGUUGGUUUCGACUAUGAAGCUUACGGACAAAGAAUGCGAGAAGAUGACAAGAAAAUGUCUAGUUUUAUCGAUUCAGGUUGUUCGCCAGCCUAUUCGCCAGCUUAUUCGCCAGCUUAUUCGCCAUCAAUCAUGUCUGAGUUGCAGCAAUUGGCUUCUGACCAUUGUUCUGAGGUCUCUGAUGAAGGCGGAUGCUCGUCGUGCGAUGAAGCAGCCUCGUCGAACUUGGAGGUCGUCGAUGAGAAGGUACAAGGACAACCGCACGACAGCAAAGAUGUUGCAAAUGACUGCACAAAAGUGGCUGCAUGAUGAGCAAUAGGUUUUAGGGUUUGGUUUUAUGAUAUUUCACCUUAUGUAAUGAAACAUUUAACACAGUUACUUUUACAGCUCCUUUUUUUUUUACCCUCUUUGGCUGAAAAGGUUUUCUUUUGUUUCCUGACAUGUUGUUUAAAGAUCAAUACUUCUACUGAGAUUGGAAUUUCGAGAAUGUGAUGCCUUGAAUCCCA